GCCCAUAAAUUGAACCAUUUCCAGAACUGUAUAAGCCCAUACCUUGAGUCGGAUUCCGGUAAAACCAGUGACACGCCUGCGAGAAACAAACAGAGAAGAAGCUAAAUUGCAGAGAAAGUGAAAGAAAUAAAGAAAGGAAAAGGGAGGUAGAGGAAGAAGGAAGAAAGUUCGCCUUUUACUUUCCCGAGGUCCCAAAUCAGGGAAGAGAAUUCAUAAGUUAAUUAAUUCUUUCAUUCUUUCUAUCUCUUCUCCAUGGAUCAGAUCCAGCCUCCUCCGGAAAACUAUGCAAACCCAAAGACAUGUUUAUUCCAUGUACUUUUUAAGGGCGCAGCUUUGGCAUUUUACAUUCUGUCGGCACUUUUUUUCGACAACUUUGUGAUUAUCUUUGUGGUCACUGUUCUCCUCGCUGCUCUUGAUUUUUGGGUUGUCAAGAAUGUUAGUGGGCGUAUUUUGGUUGGUUUGAGGUGGUGGAAUGAAAUUGAUGAUAUGGGUGAAAGUGUAUGGAAGUUUGAAUCUCUUGACCAAGAGUCAUUGGCUCGCAUGAAUAAAAAGGACUCGUGGCUGUUUUGGUGGAGCGUUUAUCUUACAGCUGUUGCCUGGAUCGUUCUCGGAAUAUUUUCACUGAUACGGUUUCAAGCUGAUUAUCUCCUUGUUGUAGCAGUGUGUUUGUCUCUCAGCAUUGCGAACAUUGUUGGCUUUACCAAGUGCCGCAAAGAUGCUAAAAAGCAAUUCCAACAAUUUGCCACACAGACAAUAGCGUCUCAGUUUACAUCCACCAUACAGUCAGCCUUUAGUGUUGUGUGAACAAAGCAAGAAACUGAAUGAACGUGUGAUUUAUGCAUACAUGUGAAAUUGUAGAAGAUAAUCAGAGCUGAAUACUUAGAGAAUAUGUCGGGGCCAGCAGCUGAUCAACUAUGUCUUGACUGAAUUCAUUUUUGGUGUCUAUUUUCUGUAAAGAUGCGGCUCAAACUUUAUGAAUUCCCAAUGAUUUUGUAUAAACAACUGAACUAAUAGAACGUAAAGAGAUCUUGAAUGUUUUCCUUUUCUCUGAA